CCUCGCAGAAGAUCCAAUCCAUUUCCCACUCUGAACUAGGCAAACACCAUCGAAGUCUCAGCUUCUCCGAGGAAGGGGGCACCAGCAUCUUCACCUUGGGGCCAAACAGAAAUGGCGGUUUCUUGCGCCCUCACUCGCCCUUCACCCUCCUUCGCCUCCUCCUCUAAUUCACCUCGCCGCUUCAGGCGCUCUGGGGUGGUGGCCAUGACCAGCGUGGGGCAGAAGGUGUACGCGCCCGGUGUGGCGGUCUCCGAGGGCAAUGGCGGGCUGCCGAAAAUCGACCUCAAAUCCCCUAAUGGAAGCGAGGCUGAGAUCUAUCUAUUUGGAGCAUGUGUCACUUCUUUGAAAGUCCCUAAUGGCAAGGACCUGCUCUUUGUCCGACCAGAUGCCGUGUUCAAUGGGAAGAAACCCAUCAGUGGUGGAAUUCCACAUUGUUUCCCUCAGUUUGGCCCUGGCCCCAUGCAGCAGCAUGGAUUUGCUCGGAACAUGAAUUGGUCUAUCACAGAUUCAGAAGUCACUGAAGGAGAUCCAGCUGUAACUUUGGAACUGAAAGACGACUCUUAUAGCCGUUCUAUGUGGGAUUUUAGCUUCCAAGCAUUGUACAAGGUAGCCCUGCACUCGACAAGCUUGUCAACAACUCUAAAAAUAACAAAUACGGAUGACAAGCCUUUCUCCUUCAACUCAGCACUCCACACUUAUUUCCAUGCUUCCAUAACAAACGUAUCGGUGAAAGGUCUGAAAGGUUGUAAGACUCUCAAUAAGGAUCCUGACCCUAAAAAUCCUUUGGAGGGCAAGGAAGAGAGGGAAGAGGUGACUUUUCCAGGAUUCAUUGACUGCAUUUACCUUGGUGCACCGAGUGAGCUCAUCCUGGACAAUGGAUUGGGUGACAAGAUUGCUAUCUCAAAUGCAAAUUGGUCAGAUGCAGUGUUGUGGAAUCCUCACUUGCAGAUGGAGGCCUGUUACAAAGAUUUUGUCUGUGUGGAAAAUGCAAAGAUUGAAACAGUGCAACUGGGGCCCAAACAAUCUUGGGUGGCAGAGCAGAAAAUUGGACUAGUCUGAAGAUAUCUAAUGCAGCAACUGCAUUAGAAAAAGGAAAUCCUUUUCCUUUCUAGCAGUGUGAGAUGCAAAUGGUGUUCCCCCAAUGUAAUUCUUCAUGACACAUCAUCACAACAGUUCUGCAUCUGAUAUUUUCCGUUAAAAAUAAUAAAUGUCUUCGAUUUUUCUUUCUAUUUUGUGGUUAGUCAGAUACCUUGUACUCUCUGCUCAGUGUAAUUAUGUGCAAAUGCACAACUCGAAUUCGAACAUGGACUCUGAAUGAAAGGGAAUGACCAUUUCGGUCUUUCACAUGUCUUCUGCUA